AUGGCGGCGGCGGGACUGGCGGGGCUGGGCCCCGGCGAGGCCGCGGCGGCCGCUCAGGCGCUGUCGCUGCCCGCGGAGAGCUUCGGCAACGACCCCCGCGUGGAGCUGGCCUGGGCCAUGAAGGCGCAUCAGCACGCCGAGGUCUACUUCAACCUGAUCUCCUCCGUGGAGCCCAAGUUCCUGAAGCUCACCCAGGUGGACGAGCGGAUCUAUGAGGAAUUCCGCAGAACCUUCCGGAACCUGCGCGUGGAUGUGCUGGACCCCGAGGACCUGAAAUCUGAGGCAGCCAAGGAGAAGUGGCGCCCGUUCUGCCUCAGCUUCGAGGGCGUGGUGGAGGAUUUCAACUUCGGGACUCUGCUGCGCCUGGACUCGCGCGGGGAAUACUCGGAGGAAAAUUCCAUCCUGGCCACCAGGAUCCAAUUCUUGGCCAUCGAGAUCGCCCGGAACAGGGAGGGCUGCAAUGAACACGUGCACAGGAGGGGAAGAGGGGAAGGGAUGGGGGAGAGGAGCCACGGGGUGGAAUCCUGAAAUAAAUCCUGAAAAACUGC